AGCGGGAAAAUUUCAAGUUUAUUAAUAUGAAAUGUCGUAAACUAUAAUAAAACUGUUUUAAAGUUGAUAGUUAAGAAGCUGAAAAGAAGUUUAUCACUAAAAACUAUUUUUUUAAGACAAAAAGGCAAGAUAGGAUAGUUAUUAAUGUACAAAUUUAUCAGAAUCGAAACUGUUUAAUUUAAUUCUUGAGUAGUAAAAUAAUAAGUUGUGAAGUAAAGUGGUAAACUGGUAAUUAUGGAAUAAUACCAACAAAUACAUAUCAUAAAUGGUUUAAAUCUGAUCUAAGUAAUGCGAUACUUAUGCAAGAAUUCAGUCGGAUAUUAUAUAUAGUGCAAAGCAGAUACAUGCGAGAGAAGCGACACCUAUGCAACAUAAAAGUCGACGAAGGUGUUAGAGCAUCUAGUCGCUCUCGUGAAUGGCUAACGGAAGUCGGGAAAAGAUAACAAUCGUCGUAUUGGGAGCGUCAGGCGUUGGAAAGACAUCACUAAUAGAGCAAUUUUCUAAACAAUGCUUCAAUGACUGUUAUUCACCUACAAGACAGCGUAGUGCUUACUUUGUAAAUGUGCUAAUAAAUGACCGAUUACACGAUGUUCAAAUAAUUGAUCUACCUACGUUGGUUAAUUUUCCAAAAGACGGUGCCUACGAAAAGGAUUAUAAAAAUUUAAGAGAUGCCUCAGCCUAUAUAUUAGUGUUCGAUUGCUCAUCGGAAAAGACUUUUUUGUAUGUUUCGAAAAUUCGAAAGCAGAUACAACAAUGGUCAAAAACCGUCCGUCGUGAAGCACCACCAAUUGCCGUUGUUGGUAAUAAAUAUGAUGUAGCUGGUAUGUCGGCAGCUUUACGAAAAGAAUACGCAAAUCUAAUAAGAAAGCAAUGGAAAUGUGGUUAUUAUGAAACGUCAGCCAAGUUUAAUUGGCAUGUCGUAUUAGUUUUUAAAGAGCUCUUUGUACAAAUGGACCAGAACUCUAAUAAGAAUGCUUCAGUUAAACUGAAUGGUACUUUCCGGACGAGUAAAUGUACGAUUUUGUAAGACGAAAUGAAGAAAAAAGUAAAAACGGCAUUUUCUAUGUCAGUUACUGCAAGAAGGCUUGUAAACAAAUCAUCCCUCGCCAACCAUAAAUGUCAGGACCUUUUUCGCGUGCAGUUAAUGAAGGAGUGGAGGGGGAGCCAGUUCGAUCCAGCGUGAUAGUAAUUAUAAUGUACUUAUACUGACAAACCAUUCAUUAGCUUCAGUUGGCACACCGAUUCUCUGAAAUCUUUCUGUAAUCGAUGAGCGCUUAAUUAGAAAACGGGUUACUUCCCUUUUCCUCCUCUUUUUUAUUUGAUAAACGGUGCCAAAAAAAAAAUGAAAACGAUAAUUCCAUUUCUAUUCUAUGUCUUUAUUUUCUUUUUUUCGAUGUUGGCGGUCGUGAAAUGGAUCAAUCUUCUCGAUCUAGACAGAUCGAUUAUCAUAUAUGUCUACAAAUUGCCUCUUUUUCUUUCCUGUUUUUCACUCAUCCUUUAUAAAAAGAAAACAAGGUUUCCCACCCUCCUCUCUUAUUUAUCAUUUUAAAAGGACGUGUUAGCCCUAAAAUAGUUCCUUUUUGCUUAAAGCG